CAACAAACCAGGUCUCCCCAGUCAGUCAGUCAGCCAGCCAGUCAGUCAGUCGCUGGUGCUGUGCAGCCGGUUGGCAUGCUUAGUCGGAUAGCUUCACUGCUCGACAGCGGCAGCAACACGGUGGCUACGCGGAAAGGCGCCUCAUUUCGCGGGUGUCUUGUUGGUGGAUUCGGUCGCGCGUUGCAUCAGCUGGUGUUUGUUGUUUCCCGAUGAACGGAGGCCAAUAGUCGGGUGGAAUCCAGAACCAGAAGUAGAACAUCCAACAAGAGCAAUAUCAAAAAAGUGUGACGCUAGUGCUGAAAGAAGAUUGCGAUUGCGAAAACGGAAGAAUACCAACGAGAUAAAUGUGUAUAGAAGAAGCAAUUUGAUUGCCGCCCGCAGUGCUGCCGGAGAGAGGGAGAGAGAGAGCGGGGAAAUAAUUGAACCUAUUGAAGAGCAUCAGUGCAGUCAGUUUGUUCGAGUGUUGAAGUCGGCCGCGUUGGAUUUCGGUGAUUGUGGCGCGUAAAAUUUUCAACCAAUACCUUCCGGCAGAAUUUGUUGUGUACAUGAUAAACUAGUGGUAAGCCGGGUCAGCGCCGGUCACCGCAGGCUGUCUGUCGGCAUAGGAAAACCGAGAAAGUUGAGUAUCGAUUGGUGAGACCGUCGUCGUGGGACGUGAAAAGCUAGUGCGAAUAACAACAACCAAACCGGAGUGGGGGUGAAAGUGUGCGGGUGGUGCGUUGAGGGUGUUGUCUUCCUGGCCCACAGCGGUAAUAGCGAAACGAAGAAAAAUGAAAGAGUUCAUGACGGAUAGUCGAAGAUAAUAUGGAAAUGGUGCUGUGACGCGCGCUUUGUUGUUGAUCUACAUAGACCCCGCCGGGUACGUGGUGGUCGUUGUGCCAAGCAUCGGCAUCAACGACGACGACGACGGUGGCGACGACGAUAGCAACUACGAGGAAGAAGACCACUGCACGAAGUGAUGGUGUGACAUCCAGCCGUUCAGUGUGUGAUAGUGGAUAAAUAAAUUAAUGUGCAGCACUAGUGAGCGGAAGUAAUCCGCUUUUGAAGUCGAACGUGCGGAGGAAAAAAAGACGAACCGAAAAGUGAAACAAACGUAGCGAAAAGUGUUUCAAUGAAAAAGGCACCACGUGCCGAUGUCGGCGGCAUCCGGCAGAAAAACAGUGAAAUAAUUCCCGUUAUGCAGUUGGCCACAGGCGGCACCACUACGCCCGAUAUCGAGUGGGAAGAAACAAUGGGCUGCCGUCGGUGCCGUUUGCCACCGGAACCGGAAGUGCAGUCCCGCGUCAACUGUUGCGAUUUUAUUGUGAAGCUAAUGUGAACUGAGUCGAGUGAGUGAGUGGAAUGAAGCGAUCCUGACCGGAGGUGGCGGUGGGAUCAUCACAAUCACACACACACACACUGAUACUUACAAAAGAACCUAUAAUCUGUGCCGCGGAUUCAGGAAGUUGUUCCAUUCGUUGUGUUAGUGAUGGUUGCGGCGGAAGCGCACCCGAGUGCGGCAGAUUUACGAGCACAAUAAACCGGCACCAGCGGAAGCUGCAAGGAAGCGGACUUUUGUACCACCAGCGCCAACCAGGGCCCUGAUGGGCCAAAGUGCUAGCAUGUGUCGCUUUAAUGGUUGUUAUAAGAAGAAUAAGCAAGGCCUGCACUUGCGCAGUAUAGAGGAGCCUCAGAGCAGAAUGCCCGCCGAGCAGGGGGGCACAGUGGGACUCGAUGCAUCGUUGGGCUCUCGUUCUGGUGUCCCCCUGCCGUUACAGCUACAGCCAGCUUCACAACAGUCUGGGCCGAACAGUACCACCGGCGGCGGUCUGAACCAUCAUCCGCUGGCGCUGAGCAAUCACCACCACCUGCAUCACCUGCAUCACCAUCAUCAGCAUCUGCAUCAUCUGGGUAGCAGUAGUAGCGGCGGUGGAGUACCACCAGUAACCGGAUCUAGCUCCGGCGGCUACGAUGCCGAGUACGCCCGCAUGGAAGCCUGGCUGGACGAGAAUCCGGAGUUUGUACAGGAUUACUUCAUACGGAAGGCGACCCGGAAUAUGGUCGACGGAUGGCUGGUGUCCCAUGCCACACCGAUGACGACCGGUGCCGGAAAUAGCACGGACUCGCCGACUCACGGCAGUGGAGCACAACCGAGUUCCUCGCGGGCAGGUUCCGGAGCAACGACACCGGUGAGGAAAAUUUCCGCCCACGAAUUCGAGCGCGGUGGUCUGUUGAAGCCGAUCGUGAACACCAUCGACGGGACGCCAACCUUCCUCAGUAUUGGGCUGCAGAACGAAAACUUCCAGUGCGGCAGCGGUCCAAAUCAGAACGGAACGGCGGGUGGGCCUAGUGGAAGCCAACGGCCGCAGAGGCUAUCCCGCAAUGAGCUGCGGCAGUUGGAUGAGCGGGAGCUUAUUUUCGAACUGGUUAAGGAUAUCUGCAACGAUCUGGAUGUGCGUUCGUUGUGCCACAAAAUCCUACAAAAUGUGUCAAUUCUGUUGAAUGCCGACCGUGGAUCCCUUUUUCUAGUGCAAGGCAAAAGUACCUGUGGCAGUGAUAAUACCAAAAAAUGCUUAGUGUCUAAAUUAUUCGAUGUCUGUUCGAGCAGCACCCUGCAGGAGAUGGAACAGCAGGGCGAAGUGAAGGUAGCGUGGGGCAUGGGAAUCGCCGGUCACGUGGCCGAAAGCGGCGAGCCCGUCAACAUACCCGAUGCUUAUCAGGACGAACGCUUCAACCGGGAAAUCGACGUACAAACUGGCUAUCGUACAAAGGCGCUACUCUGUAUGCCCAUCAAGGACGGAUCCGGGGAUGUGGUCGGAGUGGCCCAGGUGAUCAACAAACAGGGAGACCAGUGCUUCACUGCUAUCGAUGAGAAGGUAUUUGCAGCCUAUCUGCAAUUUUGCGGUAUCGGACUGCGGAAUGCUCAACUGUACGAAAAGUCCCAAUUGGAGGUGAAACGGAAUCAGGUCCUGCUGGAUCUGGCACGGAUGAUCUUCGAGGAGCAGAGCACAAUCGAGCAUAUGGUGUUCCGGAUAUUGACCCACAUGCAGAGCUUAAUUCAAUGCCAAAGAGUUCAAAUCCUACUGGUGCACGAAGCGUCCAAGGGAAGCUUUUCGCGCGUGUUUGAUUUCGAAGCCAAUGAUCUCAGCGGGGACGAGGGCGACCCCAGGACGAGUCCGUUCGAGUCCCGUUUUCCCAUCAACAUAGGCAUCACCGGUUAUGUCGCAACAACCGGAGAGACUGUAACUAUCGGCAACGCGUACGAGGACGACCGAUUCGAUCCGAGUGUCGAUGACGGGCAGGGCUUCCGCCAUAAAACGAUCCUGUGUAUGGCGAUUAAAAAUUCUCUAAGUCAAAUUAUAGGUGUAAUACAGCUGAUCAAUAAAUUUGACGACCUGACUUUUACCAAAAACGACGAAAACUUUGUGGAAGCAUUCGCCAUCUUCUGCGGCAUGGGCAUCCACAACACGCACAUGUACGAGAAGGCGAUCGUAGCGAUGGCCAAACAGAGUGUGACGCUGGAAGUGCUCAGCUAUCACGCAUCGGCCACAAUGGACGACGCCUACCGGUUACGGCAACUAAAAGUCCCAUCGGCAGCGUACUACCAACUGCACGACUUCAAGUUCGAUGAUCUGAACAUGGAGGACGACGACACGUUGAAAGCGUGCAUACGAAUGUUUUUGGAUUUGGAUCUAGUCGAACGGUUCCACAUUGACUAUGAAGUGCUGUGCCGGUGGUUGCUUUCAGUUAAAAAGAACUACCGGAACGUCACCUACCACAACUGGCGGCACGCUUUCAAUGUGACCCAGAUGAUGUUUGCGAUUCUCACUUCAACUCAGUGGUGGAAAAUUUUCGGCGAGAUUGAAUGCCUUGCGCUGAUCAUCGCUUGUUUGUGCCAUGAUCUGGAUCAUCGUGGAACAAACAACUCGUUCCAGAUCAAAGCUUCCUCGCCGCUAGCUCAACUGUACUCCACUUCGACGAUGGAGCAUCACCACUUUGACCAGUGUCUGAUGAUCAUCAACAGUCCCGGUAAUCAGAUUCUGUUGAAUCUGUCCUCCGAUGACUACAGCCGUGUGAUAAAAGUAUUAGAGGACGCGAUCCUGUCAACUGAUUUGGCGGUGUAUUUCAGGAAACGCGGCCCGUUCCUGAAUCUAGUAAAACCAAGCUCACAAAGCUCGUUAUGGCAAGCGGAUGAACCACGCUCCCUGCUGAGAGCCAUGAGUAUGACGGUGUGUGAUUUGGCGGCCAUUUCCAAACCGUGGGACAUCGAGAAACGUAUAGCGGAGCUGGUAAGCUCCGAAUUUUUUGAACAAGGCGACGUGGAACGACAGGAGCUCAACAUUACUCCGAUCGACAUAAUGAAUCGGGAAAAGGAAGACCAGCUACCCAUGAUGCAGGUGGGAUUUAUCGAUUCCAUUUGCCUGCCCAUUUACGAAGCAUUUGCGUGUCUGUCCGACAAGCUCGAACCGCUGGUGGAAGGUGUGAGGGAGAACAAAAAUCACUGGAUCGAACUGGCACAGAGUUCGAAAGCGAAGUUCGCCAACAACAACAACGACACUGUCAGCCAAAAUAAUAAUAAUAACAACAAUAACAACAGUAAGGUCAACAACCUCAGUUUGACCAUUAACAGGAGCAUCAGUACUGAGGAGUCCAGUGAAAACCGACGACCUACAUUAGGAUCGCCCACAAGUAAUACCAAAUGCAGUACCGCUAGUAAUGCAAUUGGCACUGAUCACGAUAACCUUAGCAUAGGUAGCCACGAGAUUAACUGUUCAAGCAACAUUACGGAGAAGAUUGUCGGUCGGCUUGGGUUGGAUCUGACCACGACUUCCCCCUACCCGGAGGUUCCGUCCUACCUGGUGGCCAAGAAGGAGAACGGUUGGAUACACCAUGGAAACGACAAAAUUCGACUUCUCCGGCUAACUUCGUUGGAGGGCAAGGCGAGCAGCGGCGAACAACCCGUUAUGGACCAAUGAACCAAAAAUCAAACGAACGAAAAAUCUUAUGCAGACCACAAACACAAACACACAGGACAAGUAUUCAAUAACUCACACAUACAUACGCCCACGAAUUUAUUCAUACAACACUCCAUAAACGUUUUGUGAUGUCGUUCUUGUGCUGAUUGCACGACAAGAUAAAUGUUUGAUUGAACACAUUUUAUCCAAUUUUUCAUCAUGACGCUCUCUGUACACCUACCCUUAUUUUCCGACGAGAAUUGACUUCCUCCAGGAUGAUUUGCGUGCUAUCAGUUCCGAUUCGAUUUCUGCAGAUUCUGAGCCUCACUGAAACAGCAGUCAGAUAUAAUGUAGAUACAAGUUAAUCUUUCAUCCAAGUUUAGGCAAACCUCCAACGAUGUGGUGCACAAACAUGAAUGUAUAAGUGUACAUAACAAAAGUAAAAAUCUCCAGAAUUCCACAUAUUUCCGUAGAAUCCUUCUUCAGCAGUUGUGUGGAUAGAAAAUUCAAUAUCAAAAAUGGAGCACUAGUCAGCAGAAUAAUGUAGUAGUUUUUAUGACUUUUUUUUUCGUAGAGAUUAGGAACUAGGCUAAUUUUAGCAGAGGCAAGCUGCGUGUUUGAGAAUGAUUGGUGUGCUUAAGCUGGACUAGCGGAAAGUGCGAAAAAAGAAAGAAAAAGUAUACUUUGAGAGCAACAGAGUUAAAUGGAAUAAAUUUUUAUCGUCACAUUACACAGUGUUACAGAACGUUUCCUCUGACGGUCAAAAAAUUACUAUUCCUUUCUCCUAUAGCGCUAAGUUUUGUGUAUUAUUGGAAAAUCGAGAGAAUUCUAGAAUAAAAAUCUUCUAUAUUUGA